AGCAUUGAAUGACCGCCCACGCUGCCGCCGCCGAACAGGAGCUGUGAAGGAACAGCCCCACAGACUGCUGGCUAAACUUUGUCCCCUCUGGUUUCUCUCACCGAGCCGACACCUCUUUGUUUCUGUCGGGGUCAAGUACCGCAUCUUUCACGAAGGCUUCACACCGAAACCACAGGCGUUAGAGACGACCAGGCGCGCUGGUGACAGCUCCGAUAUUUUGCUGAGAUCCACAAAAGAGGAAGGAGGAAGGGAGGGAGAAGAAGGAAGGUGGGACUGAACAGAGCUUGGAGAAGUUGACACUUCGGUGUUAUGUUGGUUACUUGUUGAAUAAGCUGCGUGUACACACAUACGACACUGCAGCCUUUGUGGGCAGCGAGCUGGAAGCUGGGUCUUCUAAAACACCAUGAAGGAGUGAGAAGUGGGGGCAGAGAUGGCAGAGCUGGAGAUCGACCAGUCCAACCUUCCACGUGUCCAAGAAGUUUGCCAGACCUUUGCUGUGCUCGAGGAUGGAGUAUUGGCACACAGCCUGCAAGAGCAGGAGAUUGAGCAAUACUACACCACCAAUAUCCAGAAGAACCAACUGGUGCAAAAUGACAUCCGGGUAGCCCGGAGGCUGCAGCAUGAGGAGGAGCAGCAGCGGGCUCAGCAGAGCGCCCUCCUCAGGCAGGUUUCCAGACAAAGGGAAGAGCAGGAUUUCGAAUACGCCCGGGUGAUUCAAGAAGAGCUCCAGCGAGGCGCUGAGGAGGCACACAGGAGGGAGCAGGACGAUGAGGAAAUAGCUAAACAGCUGCAGGAAGAGGAGGAGCAGCAGGUCAGGAGGGGGAGUCAAGACCAGGCAGAUUUUCAUGAAGACAGCACCAGUGAUCCUGCGCUGCCGUCCUCUCACCACCACACAUUCAGCAGCCCUCACCGAGGACAGUAUUCGCCUGUCACCAGCAGGUGGCAGCAUUCUACCACUCAUCGUGGUUCAGUGUUAACUGGGCCUCAGACUAGUUCUCCCAGGAGAGCAGCAUCUCAGAGCAGCACAACUUCAUGGUCAAAUCAAGGACAUGUAGAUACCAGCAGGCAAAGAAGGCCUGAGCUCAGAGAGCCUGUGAAUGAGGAUUCAGAAGACUCGGAUACUGUUUUUACUGAACAGCUCUCUCUUUGGGCCCGGCGACUGUAUGACAGAGCAAAUACUGCGCCUCAUCAACAACAGACUUCUUUAAGACCCUCACAAGAGAGGAAUUACAGAAGUCUUUGCACUCGCAGCAGCUUCGCAAAGGACUUACCAGGCAGAAAGGAGGAGAGCGAAAACUUUGAGGAUGAUUAUUACGAAAAUGAUAACGUGCAACGGAGAAUAUCUAGGAAUGUGGAUUAUAACAGCGAUGAACAUGAAGGCAGGCCUCAGGAAGCAGAUAGUAGGCCAGCCGAGGCCUGCGAAAGGCGAUGUCGCCGCAGCGAAUCGGUGAGCGUACACAGCCGAAGCGCACACAGAAACAGAGAACUGGCAAGAACCUGGAGCUGCAAGGAGAACCCCGAUAAACACGUUCGCUUUCAGGAUGAUCCGAGAGAACCGGUUAGGCAGCAGAACGACAGCCUGAAGGUGUGGGAGAUGCUCGGCCACAUCCUGCAGGAGAGGGGUGUGCCUGUGAAGGUCGGUGGCAGUGGGGCGCCGCUGCAGAUAAGGCCUCAAAGCAGAGACAGCCAGGUGCUUUAUGGGAGUGAGGUCUCCUAUGGUGACUCCCAACCACAUCAGAGAGCCUUCCAACGAGCCGCCGCCACUAGGCACAGUUUCCAUGGAGAUAUCAGGCAGAGGAGGAGAUUGUCACGCGGAGAAAGCUUUGGGGGAGAUCACAGAGCAGACCAAGACAGGCGUAAUUAUAACAGAGAGGUUUGUGACCGCAGUAGUGGAGAGCCUCAUAUCAUUGACAGAGGCACAAGUUGGAGCGAACACCAAUAUGUAAACAUUGACAAUAACAGAGAGAGAAAAACAAAUCAUACCAGAGUAAAGAGGGUGACAAGCGAACGCAGGCAUUGGCACAAGAUCACAGAAGAAACGUUGAGCUCAGAUGAGGAGCAGGAGGCGGAGAGAAGAGCAGAGCGUCCAAGGCGACGAGCGCUACAUCGUAGCCAAAGCUUCAGCAGCAGCAGGGGUUCGACCAGACACAGGUCAAGGCCCAUAGCAGCAGGGGCUUCUCUGCAACCAGAGCCAAGUGAGGCAGGUCUGGAUCUGGGAGACUUGCAUCAGGUCCUACAAGAUGAAGAACUGGCCCGCAAGCUUCAGGAGGAGGAAGAUAAGCAGCUCAGGAGAACAUCUUUACGCAAUUCCUAUCCAGAGGGGGACUUCAGGGUUGCUCAGGUUGCACAAGAUGAGGAAAUUGCACGUUUUAUGCAGAAGCAGGAAAUUAAAGCAAAGCGAAGAUCUCGUGAACUGGAAGGGCCAGGAUCAUGGCAAGAACACAGAGCGAUGAUGAACCACUAUGACAGGCGAGCUGCAAGAGAAAGACAGGUGUAUCGAGAAAGACUCGACUCGGAGGGUCUCCCCUCCCCGACUGAAGACUGCUCACCUGAGAACCAGCCACCCAGCCCCGUUCACGCCAUACCAAAAGCCCAGCAGAUGAGGAACAUAGCAGAGGAACUGGAUCCAACCUUCCAGGGGCGAGUGCAAGUUCCAGAGAGCUUCCAAGCAGGACAAACUGGUCAAACCAGUGGGGCUCUUCCUACAGCCCAAUCCGGCUCACAGGACCUAACCCUCGAUGAGCCGACGUUCAUACCACCGACAAAACGACAGGCGGAUAAAUCUGGACGGAGUAAACCCAAAGAGAAACGGGAAGGAUGCAAGCAACAAUAAAUUUAAAAAACAGAUUGUGCCGAUGGGAAAUGGGUUUUUUAUAACUUUAAUCUAAAAAAGGGUUCUCAUUGUUUAUUGCUUUAUCAUCAAAAACUGAAAGAAAAACAAAGACAAGCACUUUAGAUUAGUAAAGCAAGGACGCAUUAUCAUCACAUUUUGGACACUAGAACCAAAAGGGAAAUGUUUAAUUUGUUGAAGUACUUUUUAAAAUGUGUAUAUUUAGUGUUUAAUUUAACAAUAAUAGCAUUAAUGUUUGCUUUUUUAUAAGUAUCCAAAAGUUGUGACCACUCAACCCUUUCGGUUUUUAUAUGAGCUGAAGUCAGAGCGCCCGACAUUAAUUAGCUCAGAUACAAUUCGUUUGAAGUUUCCUGGCUGGGAGUUGGAUAAAUGCUCCAAACACCUUUCAGUUUGGUUUAACCACAACUGAAACUGUUUCGGUCCGACUGCCAAAAGAUAAGAGAGAUCACGUUGAUGACACGUGACCUUGUUUUUAAUCACUUGCACUUGCAUGUGUGCUCCCUUUGUGUUUGUUUUAGAUGUUAUUGUUUACAGCUGUACAGUGACAAUCAAAUGAACUAACCUGAGGAUGAAAACUGAUCAACAUUAGAAGUUUUUUUUGUUUUUUUUAUUCAAUGCUGAAGGAAGUAUUCAUACCUCUUUAAGUUUUUUUUUCUAUAUUUUGUCACGUUUAAACCACAAAGCAGUGUAUUUUAUUGGCAUUUCAUGACAGAGACACAGAGUUGUCUGUUUUUUUAAAAAGUUUUUACAAGUAAAAACCGACGUCGUGUAAUGUCCAGGCACAGUUGGUAGAGCUGUUGCCUUGCAGCAAGAAGGUCCUGGGUUUGAUUCCCAGUCCGGGGUCUUUCUGCAUGGAGUUUGCAUGUUCUCCCUGUGCAUGCGUGGGUUCUCUCCGGGUUCUCUGGCUUCCUCCCACAGUCCAAAAACAUGACUGUCAGAUUAAUUGGUCUCUCUAAAUUCUCCCUAGGUGUGAGUGUGUGUGUGUGAGUGGUUGUAUGUCUCUGUGUUGCCCUGGGACAGACUGGCGACCUGUCCAGGGUGUACCCCGCCUCUCGCCCGGGAUGUAGCUGGAGAGAGGCACCAGCAACCCUCCUGACCCCAUUAGGGACAAAGGUGUAUAGAAAAUGGAUGGAUGGAUGUAAUGUCUAUGCUUACAAAUGAACAACCGCUUGUUGCAGUUGCACAAAUGUCACAGUUUUCAGAUUUGUACACAAAAUUAACCCUUUACUUCACAUUGCCAGAUACAAAGGAGCAGAUGACAGUCAGAGUUGCUACUUUGUGUUGGGCUUUCACCUGAAAUCCCCCAACAUCUUCUGAUGUUUGUGGUCGUAACAUGAGGAAUAUGGAAAACCUAAGGACUACAGAUGCUUUCACAAAACAAAACAGUCUUUUAACAGGAUGAGCUACACUCCCAGGUCCAACACUAAAACCUCCUACAAUCCUGUUGACCUUUCUGCUACAUUUUUAUAUUCGGUUUAAUGUGACACCAAAGACUCUGUCAGAACUUGCUCUGUUUGUUUUAUGUGGGAAAUUACCUCAUAAUAAGCACUAAUAUUCAUUCUAUUGAUUAAAAUCUUUGGGGUUUUUGUUUUGUUUUGUUGUUCCUGUUUGAUCUGAAAAGAAUUCUUUAUGCUUUACUUCCUCCUGUUUAUUCCUUAUUAAUGUGGCCACUUCUUUCCUGGAGAAUAGUCUGUUUUAAUUUCCAGCUGUUCUGUAUAAAAGCACAACAAAUAAAAAAAUACAUAUAUCAUUUA